AUGGCUCUACCACGUAUGAAUUUUGGGGUACCUAUUUUGGGGUACCCUGAUGCGGGCAAGGAAUUCAUAGUUGACACAGACGCAAGUGAUAUAGGACUUGGCGGUGUGUUGUCUCAACGGAAUGGUGAUCAAGAGAUUGUGAUAGCGUACUUCAGCAAGUCGUUGUCAAAGCCGGAAAGGAACUAUUGUGUCACAAGACGGGAAUUGCUUGCUGUGGUAAAGUCCUUGCAGAAUUUUAUAAAAUAUCUUCUGGGGCGGAAAUUCCACUUACGAACUGACCAUGCUGCACUGAAAUGGCUAUUGCAGUUCAAAAAUCCGGAAGGACAAGUUGCGAGAUGGAUUAAACUACUGCAGGAAUACGACUUUGUUGAAUCGAACAUCGCAGCGGGAAAUCUCAUGGCAAUGCAGAUGCAUUGUCAAGAAGAACUUGCCCUCAAGAUUGCAAGCAUUGCAAGCAUGUACUAG